GCAUGGGUAACAAGACUGUCUGUUGUCUUUAACGCGUUCAAGUCACUCAUUUCAUUGUUGAUCAAAAUCGAAAGCUUUUAUGAGGUUUAUAGUUGAAUAGCCCUUAUUUAUGGGCCACCAGCGGGAGUCAUGUUGGCCUAUCCGAUACUUGGAAACGAUUAUUUUCAUAGGCAGAGCACCGUCCGGCUGUGUUGAAUCAACGUAGAAAUUCUCGACCGGGAUACGGCAAAAAAAAAGAACUCGCAUAUACUCAUAUACUCCAUACAAUGAUGGCUUGAUGGGGCUCAUCCGAUCCGGAGAAUAGUUGAAAAGACCGCGCUCGACUUUAUUUACCCCGACUAGUACUGUUUUAACCAUAUUAACAUGCACAGACAGUUCCGAAAUUUAGAAUUUUUUUUAUCGCCUCUGUGAAAAUCACUAUACAGUGAAAUCUCUCAGCGGUAUUAAGCAGAUCCCCAAUUAAGCGGACACCCUCUAUUAAGAGUACACUAAGCCUGAUCCCGAAACGAACGUCUGAUAUUUCCCUUUAUAAGGAACCCCUAUUCAGGGGACACCUCUAUUAAGCGGACGCGGACACUAAAAUAAGUUGUAUUUGGCUAAUUUCUAUUUUUAAAAACCUCUCCGGCAUCGGACUGAAUUGACAAUAGUAGUAUUGGAUUACGUCCUUGAAAUACGUGCUGAAGUCAGUUAAUGUUUUAGCAUUUACAAACAAAUUAAAGUUAGUAAUGAAAGGUAAUGAAUUUGAGCUCUGGAUAGCUUCUUUCGUGACAACAUGCAACUUUAUCACAGUACAGAGUAACCGUUGCCGAAUGCUGAUCGUGAACAAACAUUGCGCAAUUUUUACAACCCCUAUUAAGCGUAGACUUGGAAAGGUCCCGAAGGUGUCCGCUAAAGAGAGGUUUCACUGUAGAUGUCUGCCAGUCUGACCCGCUAAUAUAUUCUUUUUUAUGUAUUUCUUCUCACCUAGUUGGCAAGUACAAAAUACUAAAGAAUUCUUACUUUCAAGCAAGUCCAGGAAGGCUCAUUUAUAUACAUAUGAAAGGAUGAAUAAAUAAUGGCCGCCAUUAUGAAAGAGGUCUAUUGUAUUUCUUGACCAAGAAAAACACGUCCCAGAGUUUCUUUAACUUAGUUAGUCUCAGAUGAUUCCUUUGGUUUUAACCUGAGAUCAGGCCCAAUUUUAGCGGUUCUCAUACAUUAAUAUUCUCUCUAACGGCGAAUGUUAUUUUCAAAGCGAAACGAAAAUAGAGCCUGAUCUCAGGUUAUUUGGUUUAGAAUAUGAAGAGCAGCUUCCUAUUCAAGUUUGCAAAAGCAACGGUAAAAAUCCAAAAUGAUAAAAACCAUGCAUCAAUUAGCAUAUGCUAUUUUUAUCUCGCUGUCUUUAAAUUUUAUUAAUUUGGUUGUAACUUUCUAUUUCGCAGACCUGGUAAAGGGAAAGGAAAGAGAAAAUAAAAAAUGUAAAUGGAGUAGAAGACGAAAAACAUUAACAGCAUCUAUAUGUAUCCGAAUAUUGUUGUUGUUAUUAUCAUUAUUAUUAUUAUCAUUAUUAUUAUUAUUAAGACUUUUUUCUUGUUACAGAAAUCUCCUCCAUCCUGUUGUGGUGGUAUUCCAGGCAUGCAAGGGUUUCCAGGCCGUGACGGACGUGACGGCCGAGAAGGACCGAAAGGUGACCCGGGAAGCCCGGGAAAGACUGGGCCUCGGGGACCUGCUGGUGUAAAUGGAAAAGAUGGAGCUAAAGGGGAGCCUGGUGUACGGGGUCCACCUGGUCCAAAAGGAGAGCGUGGACAAGGUUUAAUGCCCUUUAAGAACUGGAAAGAGUGCGCUUGGAAAGAUUUAAACGAUGACAAAGACAGCGGUUUAAUAAAGGUAAAGUUACAAGAACUCUUGGUCCCCAUUUAUCUUUUCUGCUUUUAUGUUAUUAUACCCAAGCGAUUUAACCAUUCUUUGUUUAUUUCCGUCAUAUUUAGGACUGUGUCUUCACCAAGAACUUUUCUGACACCGCUCUUCACGUUGCCUGGACUGGUGCGCUAAGAAUCUACAAGUGUACAGCCUGUUGCAAACGCUGGUACUUCAGUUUCAACGGCGCAGAGUGUUCAGCUCCCUUACCCAUUGACGGUAUUGUGUACAUGUGGCAAGGCAACACUCAAAACAUCCACCGCGUCCGCCAUAUUGAGGGGCAUUGUAACAACAUUCACAAAGGAACGGUGCGCGUGGGAUUUUGGGUUGGUAAUUGUCGAGAUGGAUCACCUGGUAACGCCUACACGGGCUGGCAAUCUGUUUCCAGGAUCUUCAUUGAAGAAGUUCCUAAGUCUCAGGCCUAAAUGUCGAGGCAAAACAUUCCUUAAAGCAAAAGCUGUUUAAUGAAGAGUGUAGUUUUAUAGGUUACUAGCAGAUGGAUCAUAUAGAUCGUGAUAGUAUAAGUAACUAACGGUGUCAGCAUAAUUUAUUAAAAAAUGCAGGAUGCUUUCAAAUAUUGUGUUUGUGCUGAUCUCUCAUUGCUAGAA